ACUUCGCAUUUCAGAGGAAAAGAAACUUAGAGACUCUCUCUCUCUCUGUCUCGCAGUGCAUGAGUUCAGGAAAAUGGCCGAGGCCAGUAUUUCAGUAGAUCAGGACCAGUUCCUCUGUUCAGUUUGUCUGGAUCUACUGAAGGAUCCAGUGACGAUCCCCUGUGGUCACAGUUUCUGUAAGGUGUGUAUUAAUGACUGCUGGGAUCAGGAUGAUAAGAGCGGAGUUUAUCGCUGUCCUCAGUGCAGAGACACUUUCACACCAAGGCCUGUUCUACGCAGAAACAACAUGCUGUCUGAAGUGGUGGAGAAACUGAAGAAGACUGAAGUCCAAGCUGCUUCUCCUGCUCACUGUUACGCUGGACCUGGAGAUGUGGAGUGUGAUUUUUGCACCGGGAGAAAACACAAAGCCGUCAGGUCCUGUCUGGUGUGUGUGGCUUCCCUUUGUGAAACUCACUUAAAACCUCAUCUUGAAAUUCCUGCUUUAAAAAAGCACAAGUUAGUCGAAGCUUCUGGAAAUCUACAAGAGAAGAUCUGCUCUCAGCAUGAUAAAGUGCUGGAGAUCUACUGUCGUACUGACCAAAGCUUCAUCUGUAAUCUCUGUACGAUGCAUGAACACAGAGGUCAUGACACAGUCGCAGCUGCAGCGGAAAGAACUGAAAAACAGAGUGAGUUAAAGGAGGAGCAGAUGAAAUCCCAGCAGAGAAUCCAGGAGAAGCAGAAGAAGGUGCAGGAGCUGAAACAGGCUGUGAACACUAUAAAGCGCAGUGCACAGACAGCAGUGGAGGACAGUGAGAGGAUCUUUACUGAGCUGAUCAGCUCCAUGGAGAAAAAGCGCUGGGAGGUGACGGAGCUGAUCAGAGAUCAGGAGAAGGCUGAACUGAGUCGAGCUGAACGACUCCUGGAGCAACUGGAGCAGGAGAUUGCUGAUCUUCAGAGGAGAGUCACUGAGCUGGAGCAGCUUUCACACACACACGAUCACAUCCAUUUCCUCCAGAGUUUCCAGUCUCUCUGUGUCUCUUCUGGACGUGAGGACUCACCCAGCAUCACUGUCAAUCAACAUCUCUCAUUUGAUGGAGUGAGGAAAUCUCUCUCUGAUCUGAAAAAGAGACUCGAGGAAUUCUGCCAGGAGGAAUUCAUCAAAAUCCCUGAACAUGCUGCAGCAGUUCAGAUGAUUUUACCCUCAGAACCAAAGAGCAGAGAAGAUUUUCUGCACUAUUUCUGUGAUCUGACUCUGGAUCCCAACACAGUAAAUUAUUACCUCAUUCUGUCUGAGAAGAACAGAGUGGUGACGUGCAGUAAGAAAAAGCAGCCGUACUCUGAUCAUCCAGAGAGAUUUGAUUACUGGGAGCAGGUGUUGUGUAAGGAGAGAGUGUGUGGACGCUGUUACUGGGAGGUGGAGUGGAGCAGUGAGGGAUAUGUGUUCAUAUCAGUCUCAUAUAAAGACAUCAGAAGGAAAGGACGGGGUAAUGAGUGUCGGUUUGGAUUCAACAAUCAGUCCUGGAGUCUGCAGUGUUCUUCUUCUUCUUCUCUCUCUUUCUAUCACAACAGCAUUAACACUGCUCUCAGAGUUCCAUCCCCCUCCAGAAUAGGAGUGUAUGUGGAUCACAGUGCAGGAACUCUGUCCUUCUACAGCGUCUCUGACACGAUGAAGCUCCUCCACAGAGUCCACACCACAUUCACUCAGCCUCUAUACGCUGGGUUCAGGCUGCGUUCUCCUGGAUCAGCUGUGAGAUUGUGUGAUCCAAAAUAAAAUAUUAAAUGAUUUGACGUUUUUAAAAUUAAGAUGAACAGCUUUACUUUUAUAUAGAGAGUUUAAGUCCAAUAAAGAUGGAACAUGAGGAAAGUCUUUUACAGACCCUCCAGGAUUUCGCGAUGUUGCAAUUUGCAACUUCAACGCAAAUUCUACCAAUCCCCACGAAUUCAGGGCGGGGCUAUAUCCAAUCACCGCAACUUUCCCACAAAUUUGACCAAUCGUUGGCGUCGUCUUGAGGUGACGUCAACAAACUACCUUCCACCUUACUUCCGUGUUUCCGUUCAAGAGAAGCAGCAUGUGCGCAGUGUUGCCAGAUUGGGCGGUUUUAAGUGCAUUUUGGCGGGUUUUGAACAUAUUUUGGGCUGGAAAACGUCAGCAACGCUGAAAGUGUGUUAUGUUUACAGUGAAGGACUGUGUGCUCUUUACAUUAUUUUUUUACUUAAUACUUUUGCACUUUAACUUUUGAACCAACAGGUGCAUUUGGAUAAGUAAAGCCUAUUUUUCUGCAUUUUUGUAGUCCUGGUAAUCUUUUAUAUUGGUAAAGUUGUUUAUAGGACCAUUUCUCAGUGUCUUUGUUUUUUUAAUCAAUAGUUUUUCAGUAAUAACUUAAUAUUUAACAUAUCACUCAAUUUUCAUCACAAAAAGAGAAAAUCGUAACAAUUUCUCGCAACUUUCACUUCCUCCCGCAAUGUAAUCGCCACAAAAUCCUAAAAAAACACCGCCACUUUCAUCGCAAUUUUUUGGAAAACCCCCCGCAACAUCAGACAUUUUAGCCCGCAACAAUCACAAAAAAGGCCCGCGAAAUCCUGGGGGGACUGCUUUUAGAUUUUCUAAUAUUUAUUUAUAAUAUGAGAUCUUCAUUUCUCUGUCUUUUAGGAGAUUUAAUAUUAUAAUUGUGACCAUUAUAUAAAAAUAAUUAUCAGAACUUAAAAAAAAAAAACAUCUGCAUUAUCAUAACUGCUAUAAUUGCUGGCACAUUAUUUUUUUAAAUAUUCAAAUGAAAUUUUCCAGCUUUACAGUUUUAUUAAUAUUAGAUUAAUGAUCAUUGUAUCACUUCGACAAACUUAUCAUAUUGUAAUCUCAGAGGAAAUGAAAAUGAAUCGCAGUAAUGUGUUGUUCUUCUGUCUGUAUCUCAUUAUAUUAUCUGUCUACUGACUGUCUCAAUUAUAGCAAUACAUCAAGUGUAUAAUAUUAUUAAAUUAUUAACAUUUCCUCAAAUAUUUUUCUCAGUGAAUGUAGCUUUUUUUUUUCUUUCUAUAAAUCACCAGGGUUGAUAAUGUACGUAGCUAACAAGCUAAGAAUUUGGGAAAAUGUUAGCAUAACAGCUAACAGAUUAGCAUCGUGAAAGGAUUUUCUGUUUUGUUAAGUUCACUAAUUAUUAAUCUUCCACAUGAAUCAUUAAGUCUGUCCUUGUCCUGUAUAUUCAGUCACAAUUUCCUGUAAACAUCUUGUGAUAAACUGUAAAUCUGUUGUUGGAGGACUGGAAUAUAAUUAUUCUGCCCUUGUUAGUUGUUGUGGUCUUGGCAGAUCGCGAACAGAGUUCUUCAAUUGAGGUAUUUCACCUGACGUCACAGGGUCACGUGACGCCCCGGUGUCCGCCAUUUUGAACGUCUAGCUACAUACUAACGCUGCAGACAGAGAGGGAGAACCGGCUUGAAAAAAAACGUGUUACAGACACCUAGAAUAGAUUAAUUUGUCAGUAAGCACUCUAUAAAUAACCAUGGCGUUUGCUUGUUGUGCUGUGGGCUGCCACAACAGACAGGGACAGCGUGCAGGACGCUCCUUUUACCGGUUUCUAGUGAUGGGAAUUUCAGCUCUUUUGGCUCUUCUUACUAUAAGGAGCCGGCUCUUUCGGCUCCCAAACGGCUCCUGAGAUUUUAUUUUUGAUUUAAUUGCUGCAAUUAACUAGUUAAUUAAUUACAUUAUUAUUUAUAUUUUAUCAAUAGGAUGUUUUCCAUUUU